UCCAAAGCCAAUUUUUUUUUUCAGCCAUAGCAGCCCGGAUCCUGCUCCCUUGUGCAAAUUUGCCAUUAAAAUAGAUUCAAAAAUACUUUGCGACUUGAAAUACUGGCCCCAAAAGGUUCGAAGAUCUCUUGCCAAAUCGCUAUACAGGACGCCAUCAUGGCAACUCCGCCGGCUCAACCCACCGAGCCAUCUGCGACUCCCGCUGUCGCAACGUUCAAACCGAUUCACAGCCUUGUCCUGGAUACCGGUCCAUUGAUCAAGAACGAUCCUCCUGCCAGCGUCCUCAUCUCCAAAGCCGAAAAGCUAUACACCCUCCCCAACAUCAUCAGCGAAAUCCGCGACGCCGCGACUCGCUCUCGAGUCGAAACGACGCUGCUACCGUUUGUCACUAUACGAUCCCCAAGACCAGAAAGCCUAAAGUUUAUUGCCGACUUUGCGAAGAAGACUGGUGACUAUGGAGUGCUCAGCAAGCCAGAUAUGGAGGUGCUCGCGCUGGGAUACGAGCUAGAGUGCGAGAGGAAUGGCGGCGAUUGGAGACUGAGGAAUACACCGGGUCAGAAAAGUGUGAACGGACGGCCACAGCAAAAUAAGCAGACGACGGAAGAAGAACAAAAGAAGCCGGAGCAAACAGAGGAAGCUCAGCAGACUGAUUCCCAACAGAGCCCGGAAGCCGCUGAUGUCCAAACAGAGUCACAGCCUCAGCUAGAUGCCGAGACAAAACUCAACGAUGAUAUGCAGACUCUGAGCCUGGGAGCCUCGGGCAGCAGUGAAGAGCAAGCUGAGGAGUCCAGCACACCAGCAGCCGUCGAGAACGCUCCUGAGGCCUCUUCCCCGGCAGCACAGUCUGAAGAACAGCCCGAAGAGGCGUCAGAAGACUCUGAUGACGAAGGCUGGAUCACUCCCUCCAAUCUCAAGAAGCAGCAGGCCAAGGACUCUGGCGCAAAUGGCACCAACGACAAUGGCCCUCCCAAAACUCUGCAGGCUGCCAUCCUGACCUCCGAUUACGCCAUGCAAAACGUUGCGCUGCGCAUCAACCUCAACCUCGUCACACCGUCCCUAUCUCGCAUCACAUAUCUCAAGACGUGGGUGCUACGCUGCCAUGGCUGCUUCAACAUCACCAAGGACAUGGACAAGCAAUUCUGCCCCAAGUGCGGCCAGAGCACUCUUACCAGGACGAGCUGCUCAACGGACCAGCAUGGAAACUUCAAGAUCCACCUCAAGCAGGGCUUCCAAUGGAACACGAGGGGAAAUGUGUUUAGCGUGCCGAAGCCGGUCCAUGGCAGCGCCAACGGAAGACUGCCCAAGAACGUGGGCGGCAAGAAUAACUGGGGCAGAGAUUUGAUCUUGGCUGAGGACCAGAAGGAGCAUACCAAGGCCUUGGAUGAACAGCGCAGACAGAGGAAGAAGGACCUCAUGGACGAUGAUUUCUUGCCGGGCCUUUUGACUGGUCACAGGUCUGGGGCGGGUGGUAAGAUCAAGGUUGGUGCUGGGCGAAACGUGAACUCGAGGCGGAAGAGGUAAAUGGAGAUGGGAUAUUGGCUGGCUGGACUUGUAUAUAAAGAGUAAUGAAUGAGACUGGGGGGAAAAAAUGGAUCAAGAUAGACGGCAAAAAAAAGCAAUUGCAAAUUCAAUAACCACGAUGGUGAA